GCAGGAAGCGCACGCCAGCAUGAAUAAGAUGCUAAGUAAAUAAUCCUGCUCCUUCUGUUUGUUUUGUUGUUUUUUUGGUAGCAUUUUUCCAGCGCGACUGUCUUCGGUGUUUUCCAAAAUAGAGGGGAAACCAGCCGCAGCCUGUUGAGAUGCGAACGGGCCCGAAAGUAUGUAACGUGCAGGUAAUUUCCAGCGCUUUAACCCGCGGGGUCAGCGCUGCUUCACAGUGAAAUCCGCCAACGUCGCGCUGCGGCCGCAGAGGAGUGAGACGAGCCGCCGGAGUGAAUGAAGCGCCGCCUGACGCCGAUCGCGUCCCGAGUGGAAAAACACAGCGAGCAGCUGGAAACGGGUCCACGGGAGCAAGUUGCACGGAUUCCACGCGUCCAACAGCUCGCCGCAAUGAUAGUUUUUGCGCCGAAGUGGGAGGAGGACGCCUGCAAUUUGUAAUGUUGAAACAUGAGAGAACGGAACCGGGGCGGGUGAUGGCACAUGGGAGAGGACGGUCCGCGCACGACGGGCUGUAGCGGAAGAAGGGGGGGAGAGAACGGGCUCCGGCGAAGUGGGAUGAAUGCGAAAAGUGGAUCCGUGCUUGUGGACGGAACUCACUGAUAGACGGACACGGGCGUGGGCGCAGAGCAGCGUUCCAUUUAGCCUCCCAUCGGACGGGACUCGUCCCCCUCCACAGACGGAGCCGAGCGUCGGCAGCCUCCGCUCACUGCGGCCAAAAUGCCGCGCUGCUCCCUGACAGCGUUCAGUCUUUCGUGGACUUUGUUCCUCUGCAACGUGAACGGCGGCUACGCGCAAGAACCCCAAGGCUACCUGGUGGCGGCGCCGUCCGUGUUCCGCGCCGGCGUGGAGGAGCGCGUGAGCGUCACCAUCUUCGGCGCCGCGGCGGAGACCCGCGUGCAGGCGCAGCUCUCGGUGAAGGGCCAGGCGGUCGCCCACGGCAACGGCGCCGUGUUCGACAAAGGCACCGUCACGCUCAAGGUUCCCUCCGGACUCCGAGGCCAGGCUCAGCUGAAGGUGUGGGGGAACCGUCAUCUGACGGAGGGCGGCUACAUCUUCCACAACCACACCACCGUCACGGUGGAGAGCAAGGGCACGGCCGUCUUCAUCCAGACGGACAAGCCGGUCUACAAGCCCACACACAAAGUGCUUCUGAACGUCUACACGGUCACCGCUGACCUGAGGCCAGUGAACGAGGAGAUGGAGGCCUAUGUUUUGGAUCCAAGAGGAUCCAGGAUGAUCCAGUGGAGAAGCCUCAAACCCAUCUGCUGUGGGGUUGUAAACAUGAGUUUCCCUCUGUCUGACCAGCCUGUGUUUGGAGUGUGGUUUGUCUUUGUGGAGGUGCAGGGCCACACAUACAACACGUCUUUCGAAGUGCAGAAAUACGUGAUGCCCAAGUUUGAGCUGGUGAUUGAUGCACCUCGCUACAUCCGGGACCUGAGCUCAUGUGAGAAGGCCACAGUGAGGGCCAGGUACACGUUUGGGAAACCGGUGGCAGGAAAGUUGACGGUGAACAUGACGGUGAAUGGGGUGGGCUACUACAGGCAUGAGAUGGGCCACCCUGUGAUUAAAAACAUGGAGAUCAAAGGUUCUGCAAACUUCAGCAUUUGUGUUAAGGACAUGAUGCCUUUGGAUGUAGCUGAUCACUUCAGGGGAGCUGUGAAUAUUUGGGCGACGGUGACCAGCGUCGACGGGAGCCGGCAAACCACAUUCGAUGACUCCACGCCCGUCCACAAGCAGCUCAUCGACAUCAAGUACUCCAAGGACACGCGCAAGCAGUUCAAGCCGGGUCUGCCCUACAAAGGGAAGAUCGAGGUGAGCUUCCCCGACGGGAGCCCCGCGGACGGGGUGCGGGUGCGGGUCAAGGCCGAGCUCACCCCCAAGGACAACGUCUACACCAGCGAGCUGGUUUCCAAGGACGGACAGGCUAACUUUGAGAUCCCCUCCAUCCCCACUGCUGCCCAGUAUGUUUGGCUAGAGACCAAAGUCACGGCUAUUGAUGGAAGGGCAGUAGGAGAUCAGUACCUGCCCAGCUACCUGUCCAUCAGCAGCUGGUACUCUCCCAGCAGGUGUCACAUCCAGAUCCAGAGUCCCAGCUCGGCGCUGGUGGUCGGCCAGGAGGCCGAGCUGGGCCUCAAGUCCACCUGUCCCUGCAACUUCACCCUGCACUACGAGGUGGCGUCCAGGGGAAACAUCGUGCUCUCAGGCAAACAGCCGGCCAACGUGACGGCGGCCCAUCGGGAGAAGAGGGCCGCAGUCGUCUUCGAUAAAAACAUCCACACCACCCUCCCUCCUCCCGCCGCCUUCGACCCCUCCCCCCAGGCUGAGAUGGACAGCUGCGUGUCCUACCUCCGCUUUCCCGUCACUCACAGCAUGGCGCCGCUCAGCCGCGUGCUGGUCUACUACGUGCGGGAGAGCGGCGAGGGCGUCGCGGACGCUCUGCAGGUUCCCAUCCAGCCUCACUUCGAGAACCAGGUGUCUGUGUCUCUGUCGUCCAACGAGUCCAUGCCUGGAGACCCGCUGACCCUGCGCGUCCGAGGAGAGAGAGGCUCCUGUGUGUGUGUGGCCACUGUGGAUAAGAGUCUCUACCUCAUAAAGCCUGACUUCCACCUCAGUCCCGACACGGUGUUCAAAGAGCUUGCGGACUUCGACGUCUCCGAUGCCUUCGGCGUUCCCAGGGACGACGGCCAUUACUGGUGGCCGGGGCUGUCGUCGCGGAGACGCAGGCGCUCCUCCGUGUUCCCGUGGCACUGGGACAUCACCAAGGACGCCCGCUUCGCUUUCACAGAAACGGGUCUGGUCGUGAUGACGGACGUGGUUAGCUUAAACCACCGGCAGACGGGAGGAAUGUACACGGACGAAGCCGUUCCUGCCUUUCAGCCGCACACCUCCACCGUGGUGGCUGCGACGCACACUCGCCCCACAGCCAGAGCGGAGAAGCGGAGGCGAACGUUUUUCCCAGAGACUUGGGUGUGGCACUGCCUGCGCGUCAGCACGGAAACGGGGGAAGCGGAGCUGCGGCUGGACGUGCCGGACUCCAUCACGACGUGGGUGACGGAGGCCGUGGGCCUGUCGGAGGCGGGGGGGCUGGGCCUGUCCAGCAGGUCGGAGCUGCGGGUCUUCAAGCCCUUCUUUGUUGACUUCACGCUGCCCUACAGCCUGAUCCGAGGGGAGCAGACCAAGAUCCCCCUCACCGUCUACAACUACCUGCCAACCUGCUCCGAGGUUCACGUCAAAGUCUCCGUCCCCAGAGGCGUCCGCUUCGUCGGCCACCCCGGGAAGCACCUCACCAGGAAGAAGUGCGUCGCCCCCGGAGAGGCCGCGUCCACGUCCAUCGUUCUGUCUUUCACUGAGCUGGGAUCUGCCAACAUCACAGCUCGAGCGAUUGCCUACAGUGAACCCAGCUGCUGUUCAGACGGACUUGGGACCAGCAAAGCAGCCAAUGACGUGGAGGACAGAAGAAGCCCGACCGGGCUGGAUCACGUCCGCAGGACCGUUCUGGUGGAGCCUGAAGGCCUUCCCAGAGAAUACACCUACAGCGUCUUCUUCUGUCCCAACGAGAGGAUCCACAUUUCCACCCCAAACAAGUAUGAGUACCAGUAUGUGAAAAAGCCUGCCAGGAUGAGCCAGUUCCAGGUGGCCGUGAAGACCCACAACGACGCCCACUUCGCCCUCUCUGCCAGUCCCCACGACAGCGCAGAGAUGCUAGAAGUGGUCCUGGGGGGGCGGCAGAACACCCGCUCCUGGAUCUCGGUGGGUAAGAUGGGCGAGCCCCUCGUCAGCGCCGCCACCCCCGGCAUCCUCUCCUGGGACGAGUUCCGCAGCUUCUGGAUCAGCUGGAAAGGGGGCGCGGUGCAGGUUGGACACGGUUCACAUCCAUCCAAUGAAUCUGUGAUUCUUCACUGGAGCGGCCAGAUCCCCGGACAGGUGCAUCACAUAGGCUUCUCAACGGGAUGGGGCUCAGUUGGAGAAUUUAAAAUCUGGAGGAAGGAAGACUCCGAGGAGAACCACAAUGAGGCCUUCACUCUGGGAGUUCCACACAACAUGGUCCCCGGAUCCGAGAGGGCCACCGCAUUCAUGAUAGGGGACGUGAUGGGGCCAACGCUGAACAACCUGGACAAGCUGCUGCGGCUGCCCUUCGGGUGCGGCGAGCAGAACAUGAUCCACUUCGCCCCCAACGUCUUUGUCCUCAAGUACCUCCAGAAGACCCGGCAGCUGAGCCCCGACGUGGAGAGAGAGGCGACGGACUACCUGCUGCAAGGCUACCAGAGGCAGCUGACUUACAAACGGCAGGACGGCUCCUACAGCGCCUUCGGGGAGAGGGAUUCCUCUGGCAGCAUGUGGCUGACCGCGUUUGUUCUGAAGUCCUUCGCUCAGUCUCGCGGCUUCAUCUUCAUCGAUCCGGAGGAGCUGCGUGCAGCCAAGUCCUGGCUCAUCGGGCAUCAGUGGGACGACGGCUCCUUCCCCGCCGUGGGCCGCAUCCUCAAUAAAGACCUGCAGGGAGGGAUUCACGGGAAGAUCUCACUCACAGCUUAUGUGGUAGCAGCUCUGCUGGAAACAGGCAUAAACACAGAGGAGGAGAAGGUGGCGGUGGCCAAGGCCAAAGACUUCCUGGAGAGCAACACGUACUCGGCCGACGACCCGUACACGUCGGCGCUGUGUGCGUACGCGCUGGCGCUGCUGCGCAGCCCCUACGGCCCGCUGGCCCUGCGCCGCCUCAACCACAUGGCCAUCACACAAGAUGGACUCACUCACUGGAGUCUGACUGGCAGCACUGUGACGGACGAGGACACGUUCAUGGGCUUCAGCGAUGGAAUCUCCCAGUCGGUGGUGUCGGCCGAGGUGGAGAUGACGGCCUACGGGCUUCUUACCUACACGCUCCUGGGGGACGUGGCCUCAGCGCUGCCUGUGGUCAAGUGGCUCUCCCAGCAGAGGAACGCCCUGGGCGGCUUCUCCUCCACGCAGGACACGUGCGUGGCCCUGCAGGCCCUGUCGGAGUACGCCAUCCUGUCCUACGUGGGCGGGCUCAACCUCACCAUCUCGCUGGCCUCCACCAACCUCGACUUCCAGGAGACCUUCGAACUCAACAGGCAGAACAAGAAGCUGCUUCAGAGCGCCAGGAUCCCCAGCAUCCCCACAGGCCUGUUUGUGAGCGCCAAAGGAGAAGGCUGCUGCCUCAUGCAGAUUGAUGUGUCUUACAACGUCCCGGACCCGGUCUCCAAGCCAGCCUUCCAGCUCAAGGUGGACCUAAAGGAGUCAUUUCAGGAGCCAUACCAGCAGUCCUCCUCCUCCUCCUCCUCCUCCUCCUCACCUUCCCGUCAUUCCCAGUCGUCCUCGCGCUCUCGGAGCUGCGCUGACAACCGCUCUGAGCUCAACAGGAAGAGGCGCGCUCCAAUCGAUGACGACGACCCUGCAGCCCAUCAGGACAAAAUGGACUUCCACCUCUCCCUGGAAGUUUGUGCCCGGUGGCUUCAUUCAGGCUCCUCCAACAUGGCCGUCAUAGAAGUUCCAAUGAUUUCUGGCUUCCAAGCUGACGUUGAAAGCGUGGAGAGGGUGCUGAUGGACAAGAGAGUGGGUCUGAAAAGAUACGAGCUGAGUGGGAGGAAGGUGCUGUUCUACUUCGAUGAGAUCCCUAGUCAGUGCAUGACGUGUGUGGCCUUCCAAGCUGUCAGGGAAUACAUUGUGGGCAAGACAGCACCUGUUCCGGUCAAGAUCUAUGACUACUACGAACCAGCCUUCGAGGCUACCAGGUUUUACAACGUUAGCGAGAGCAGCCCCCUGGCGCGGGAGCUGUGUGACGGACCCACUUGCAAUGAGGUGGAGAGUUCGAGCAGCCAGUGGAUGGGCUUCGUGCAGGCAAACCAGUGCAACCACGUGUUCGGCUGCCUGGACGAGGAGCGCUUUGAGCGCUGCACGUGCUACAGGGACUGUGGGUUUGACGGGGAGCCCGUCUGUGGGUCGGACGGGCAGGUUUACCAGAACCAGUGUCAGAUGGAGGUGUUUGCCUGCCGGAAUGGGACACGCAUCAAGCAGGUCCCGCUGUCCUAUUGUCCCAGGAUGGCCAGCACGGUGGAGGACAGGCAGCCAAUACUGAGCCAGGAGACUGAGCAGCUCUCUGUGCCUGGACACACAGGUGAAGAGGAGCAGGGGUCCAUGGCAGAGGUGUCCUAUUACUCCUAUGAAUAUGACUCCGAUACGGAUCCCUUUCUCGCCGACGCGGAGGGAGGGGACCAUUACGACCUGUCUGAAGGUGGGGGCUACGCGGGGCAGAAGGAGGCCCUGUCCGAUGCCCAAACACCCACACUGGAAACAAGAAGCAUCCCUGAACGAUGAAAACCUCAGCGAGCGACGCCAAACCCGCCUGAACUGUACAUAUGUGAAUAUGCUGGUGAAUGGAGAGAGGAGAGCGACCUGGGACUUGUUCAACCUGUCGGGAAGAGAUUGUGGAGUCUGGAGAAUGAGACUGAAACUUUACGUGAGAGAGUGUGACGUUAGAUUAGAGUGGAAGCAUUAACAUGUUUGUGUGUGGGCUGAAUGUGACUGUGUUGUUAUUACGGUAGAAUCCUCCAGACUGUUCUUUUUCUUCCUCCUAUUCAUGAAUAGGUUCCACAGCGUCUGUUAUUCACUGUACUGCCUUUAUAAUCACUAGAACAAAUAAUCCAGUAUUUAUGUUUGUAAUUACACCCACUUUAAACAAAAUAUUUUAUGUUUUUCUAUCUGUGGUAUUUAUUUGUAGCUAGAGGACAUAUAAUUUUUACGUUAUACUUUUUGCCCCUGUUCUUUCAGCACAUGCUAUCAAACAUUUCUUUCCUUCCAUAGCAAGCUGUAACGCAGUUAUUGACAUGUUUGACGAAUCUCUUGCGCUGGAAAAGACAUGUGUUCACCAUAUGCUUUAUAGACACAUAAGCUGGAACAUUUUUCAUUCGUGAGAUUCCUCUGUUUUGGCGUUUCGCCUUUAUUCGACCGCACCGUAGACAUCGGUAGGAAACACAAGGGGGGGCGACACGAAGCCCUCGAACCGUGGAGCGCACAGGUCCGGGAGUGGACGCCAGCGUCGCCUUGAGAUUUGAUUGUACAGUUCAUAAGCUAUCUCUUGUUACAUUUUGAUUGGUGAAGCAGUCAACAUAAAAAAUGAAGUUUUUGAAUUCCUGUAAAUGGACCAAAUUUGGUUAAACUCCUCCCUGGUAUCAAAUAUUGUAGUUUUUAAAGCAAAUGAGAAUAAAAUGUGCGUAGAAUCCGG